UGCCAUCUCCAUCCCACCAAUCUACUCGAUCAGUGACCACCUCCGAUCCUCAACCGAGCUCCCAACGCUUCCGUACUCUCGCUAGCUAGAGCAGCUGCUGCCUGCAACAAUCAGCUGAGAAGAAGAAGAUGAGGUCGUUGGCGGUCGCCGUCGCGGCGAUGGCCUGCCUGGCGGCGGUGGCGCGGGCCGGCAACUUCUACCAGGACACGGAGAUGACCUGGGGCGGCGGGCGCGGCAAGGUCGUGGACGGCGGGCGCGGGCUCGACCUCACGCUGGACCGCACCUCCGGCUCCGGGUUCCAGUCCAAGAGCGAGUACCUCUUCGGCAAGAUCGACAUGCAGAUCAAGCUGGUCCCCGGCAACUCCGCCGGCACCGUCACCACCUUCUACCUCUCGUCGCAGGGGAGCACCCACGACGAGAUCGACUUCGAGUUCCUGGGCAACGUCACCGGCGAGCCCUACACGCUGCACACCAACGUGUUCACGCAGGGGCAGGGGCAGGGCCAGCGCGAGCAGCAGUUCCGCCUCUGGUUCGACCCCACCACGGCCUACCACACCUACUCCAUCGUCUGGAACCCGCAGCACAUCAUCUUCGCGGUGGACGGCACCCCGAUCCGUGACUUCAAGAACCACGAGGCGCGCGGCGUGGCGUUCCCCAAGAGCCAGCCGAUGCGGCUGUACGCGAGCCUGUGGAACGCCGACGACUGGGCGACGCAGGGCGGGCGCGUGAAGGCGGACUGGUCCCACGCGCCGUUCGUGGCCUCCUUCCGGGGCUUCCGCGCCGACGCCUGCGUCUGGUCCGGCGGCCGGCAGCAGUGCCCCGUGGGCACCAUGGAGGCCGCCGCCGCGGGCGGCGGGCGCGGCUGGUGGAGCCAGCAGCUGAGCGACACGAGCUACCGCCGCAUGCGCUGGGUGCAGAGGAAGUUCAUGAUCUACAACUACUGCACCGACGCCAAGCGCUUCCCGCAGGGCGUCCCCACCGAGUGCCACCUCCGGUGAGCUGCUAGCGGCUGCCGCAGUGCCGUGCACGCACGAUGGUUCCUCGCCGUCCCAACCCAUCGCAUCAUGGAGAAGAAUAAGGGUCGUUUUUGCAUGAUGGGGCCGGGCGAUGUACAAUGUAAAUGGAGCAGCACGCGUAUCGCAUUCUUUGAUUUGUUUCUGUAACACCAGAUGUGCACCUGUCAUCAAGUUUCUUUCAGCAUAAUCUUCCGUCAGCGUCCUUGAUUC